CGACUUCGUCGCAGCUCCAGGCCCCAAUUUCCGGUGACUGACACGGCAACACGUGCAUAUAAGAACAUCGACGAAAUGCUGCAACGAGAUGGGGGAUAGUCGAGAGAGUCAACCGAUGCCCGUUUAAAGGAUGAUCCACGACGAUGGUCUACGACUGCCAUGGCUGCUCCAUGACGCUGGUUCUCGACGAUGGUCCAUGAUAAUGGUCUACGACGCUAGUCUUCAGUUCGGGAUCUGGCGAGGAUUAUCGGUGAUAGGAUUGGCCCACAUCGCGAGUGACAAGUGGAGUUCUGGUGGAAAUGCGGAUGCCGCACCGGAGGAUCCGGUUCGGGCAGAGCAGCGUCGACUCGAAGAUUGGAUCAUAUUGCGAGGCCAGCUGGAAAUGCGAAUGCCGCACCGGAGGAUCCGGUUCGGGCCGAGCAGGGUUAGCUCGAAGGUAAGUUUCAAGACUCGCUAUGCUUUCUUUAGCCUUUUGUUAUAAAAUAACGAGAUGUAAACAACAUGAGAUUCGUAUCACAAAG